AUGACCAGCAACAAUUUACAAAAAAAAUAAUCCGUGUUUGUUUUACUGCAGCAUGAUUGCAUUCAAACCCGAUGUGAUAUUUCAGUGUCUGAGAAACAGGAAGCAAAGCAGCAGUGAUCAACAAUAAUGCUGAUUCACAGCCCAACAGGUAGGAGUUUAAGGAAAGAAAAAAGCAUAAAUGGUCAAACAAAGAGGAUUUGUAAGGCAAAAGUCUUUCUUGAAUGUAAAAAAUACUCCAAGUUCUCACCUUGAUGUUUCCUCUUUGAAAAGAAGAUCUAAACCCUUACAACCAGAAGGUGCUUUCAGAGGAGAUAAGCAGAGGGAGAGGAGAUGGAGGGGAUAAACUAAAAUAACUGAAGCAGUGAUGAAGGACUUGACUCUGUGUCCUUUCUAAGAGCAGCGGAGCAGUGUUUGCCUGUUGGCACUGGAAAGCCCGGCAGCAAUCGGUGAUCUGGUUCCUGACUAAACAUUAAUUUCUGUGAGGAAGAAGCAACCCCGAAGUUUUCUGUGGUGCUGGAUUGAUUGAGAAGGGAGAAGGGUACAGAGGCUGUGUCUGUCUAUUGUGUCCAGAAUGAAAUGGGCUGGAGAUUUAAUUCAGCGGGUGGACAUCUCGCUGCUGACAGACGGGGCCUCGUGGAGGAGGUGCUGGAGUGCAGGAGAGCAACAGUGGAACCAGAAACCCUGGGCUGAGUUUUGCUGCCUGAUGAUUAGCUCCUCAGUCCUGUUUCACAUCAGACCUUGUCUCAAGCAGGAGUAACUGAGCGCUUCCCGUGUGUAAUAUUUAGCGAAGCUCCCGGAAGGAGAGGGAGUUUGGUUGAAUUUAAUAUGCAAAUACCCCAUGAUCCCCGUAGCCUGCGAGGAGUUUCCUCUGUGUGCCUCUGCUGCUCUGUAAAUCGCUACCAAGGACAUCGCCCCCAGACUUGGCUCUGCAUUAGGGGCUCUGUGCUGUUGACUUGAAACACAUGUGGGCAAACUCCUGUCUCGCAGUUCCCCUUUCCUUGCUGCUGAAUGCGUUGAUGCCAACAGGACAGUGGAGCCCAGGCUGCGUUGUGGUUGCCAUUGUGGUGCAGGAGGGGAACGGUGUCGAGUUGGUGCUGGAGCUGGGUGUCAGGGCUGCAGCACUCCAUAGGAGUGGUGCCAGACGCGGUGGUGCCUGUGCAGGAGGCGGCUGCUCCAGGGCAACGGAUAAAUAACGGUCAUCUCGUUGCGGUGGUUCCAGCACCACUAAUCUUGGUGACGAGUCCUUGGUGGUCAUGGGGUGGAGUUCCUUCCACUGGAGUUCAGAUCCGAGGCACUUUGACAAAUGUGCUUCAAGGCGUUUUCCGCUACAUACCCUGAAAACUCUUCUCUCUUACACGGUGAUGCCAGCGCCAAGGCACAUUGCUGCUUGUGCUGUGGAGGGUGGGGGCAGAGGUGUUCGGUUCCUGGCUCCAGGCUGGGUGGCAGGAGGACGGAGCAGGCUGGCAUCUGCCUAAAGCUCUGCCCUCGCCCGUGUAGAACUGACCUGGCUGAGCGGGGACUGGGAACGCUGGCCUGUGCCUUGCUCUGGCUUUGUGAAGAAAUACAGAACAGAUCUUAGGGCUGCGUCUUUCUGACAUCUGUGAAAGCAGGAGUAUGUUCUGAUGGGCUGCAUGGCGUGUCCAGGAUCUGUUUCGUGUUCUGGGGCAGAGUAACUCCAGCAGCACCUGCUCCAGAUGAUGAAUAGUUUUGAGCCCUGUACCUCUCCCUGGGCAGCCGUUUCCGAGUGCUGUGGGUGGCUCGGGCUGUCAGGGCAGGCAGCAGAUGGGUGGGGGUUUCCUGCUCCCGGCAGCCUUGCUGGUUUCAGAUAAGGAUGUUUAAAUAGGGACAGAUGCCCCUAACCCAAAGAGGUGCCUCUCCCAUGCCAGCCUUUUCCAGGGCUGAAAUGUAUAAAAUGUAGAAGAACAAUUUCCAACCUUUUCCUUUGCAAGUAGCCAACCUUAAGAUGACUCAAGUGAUGGAGCUGUGCUGGCAGGGAUCGGGGACCGGCUGCGACCCAUGCAGGGAGGCAGCAGGGAUGCUGCACAGGUUGGGCUCUGCUUGCCCACGUGUAGGGUGGCUGGGCACCGUGUUUUCCCCUUCCCAGAGCAUGGGAACCCCGUGCUGAGGUUUGCUCCAUGACUCCUGGCCAGACCUCAUUCCCAAGCAGGGGGAGUUUCCGCCCUGUCCCCCAAGCCCAGCCUCUCUUGAAGGUUGCUUGCCAAAAAAAAAUCCUUUUCUGUGUCCUCCAGGGGUGGGAUGCAGUGGGGCUGUGACACAACUGGUCUCUGUGGUCCCUGCCAGGGCUCUGGGUGUAAAUAUUCACUCUUGCCUGUAGGACGUGAGUCGAAAGAGUCGCUGGUCAUGUGGAAACAGAUCCCUAGAUCAGCAUCAUGAUGGCCAGAGCCGCGAUGCUCUCCCUGCUGCGUGGGGCCCUGUUUUACCUCUGCUUUGUCCUGCUCGGGCUCCUGAAUAAUGGAAGGGCCGUAAGCGGAUCCGGCCCCGCUCUCCAGUUUCCCCUGGGGGGGAACGUGGAAGCUUGGCCACCAUGCUGGCCUCACCCUGCCCCUCUCCCUGCUGGGGAUCAGGUGUUGGACUGGAGCUGAGCCGGCGCAGGGCCAGGGCUGGGUGCUGUGCGGAGGCUGGCCGGUACCUGUGGUGGGUCCCCCUGUGCCCAUCCCACUCCAGUGCCCAGCUCCAGUCCCAGCUGGGGGGACUGGUCCUCCCCAGGCUGGGUCUGUGCCUCAGCAGUCAUGUGCCCAUCACAAACCAGCCUUUGCACCUGGGGCUUCUCUCUCUUCUCCAGUUUAUUCCAUGGAAAAGCAGAAAUAAAGUAGAAUAUUUCAGUAGGAAGGGACGGAGCGUGCCUUUUUGCCCUGUUUAAGCCAUCUCUCUAUUCCCCAGGCAAAAUAAUAGUAAUAAUAAUUAUUAAUCAUUAUUAUUUUUUAUUCAGCAAGCAGAAAGCACCAGGGUUCGGGCCAGAGGAGGGUUGUGAGUGGGUCUGGGUGCUGGGGCCCCAGUCAUGCCUGGGUGCUGAGGCUAUGCCCUGGCCCUCGCAGCGGGGGACAUGUGGAGGGGCCCUCUUCCAGCACCCAAAUCAGCAUUUGGGAUUUGCCCCAUAGCACAGCGGGGGGACGGGAUGGGCUGGCUCGGGCUGGCUCAGGCUGGGCUUGUGGGACUUGCUUGGAGGCCAAGAGGACCCAGGACCAGAUCGCAGUGGGCACCGGGGGCUGUAUCCUGGCUCUGGAUCCUUUCCUGCCCCAGGCAGGCUCAUGGAUGUGCCUGGAGAAGGCCAAAUCCUGCCCUGGCUCUGCACCCUGAGAUGGCUGCACCCCGUCGCAGGGCUGUGUGUUCCCCAAAAAGCGUGUUUCUGCGGCGGGGCUGCCUGUUGCACCCACAAGCGUUGGGCACCCCAGGGCUGCGCUGGAUGCCAUGGCCCCGGCGCCCUCCCCUUCCCUCCCGCCAGGGCAGGAAGGACCAAGCUCCAGUUCCUUCCUGCGCAGGGGUGGGGGUCAUGGGGUGUCUGUGGUGAGAGCAGCCUUCCCCCUGCUGCAGCUGCACCCGGUCGUUUCGACACCCCACAUGUGACCGAAGCCGGCGGUUCCACCUGAACCCGCAGCGAGCAGCCGCGGCUGGAAGGCGUCGCGGGGGAUUUGCGGAAGACAGAGCCUGGGAAAAGACAUCAGGGCCUUGCUGAAGGCCUCGGCGUGCUGGCCCCGUGCUAUGCGAUGCUCCCUGAAGCGCUCCCUCACGGCUCUGCUUGCAGCCUCCUUCCUUCUCCUCCUCCUCAUCCUCCAUGGGGGCAGCCGGCAGGAACAGGAUCCCCUGCAGGUGGAACUUAGGGGCUUGGCCCCAGACGCAGUCCUGCAGGUGCUGCAGCCGGAAGGAGCCCAGCGCAUCCUCAGGGACACAGAUGAGCUCUCGGCACUCCACAACGUCUCCUACCACCUCCUCGCUGGCUCCCUGUCACCCCACAAAAAAUUCUUGGCGGUGGGAUUGGCGUCGGUGCAGCGGCCGCGUGGCUACUACCUGCCAGCCACGCUCGAGUCCCUCUUCAAGCAGUCGACGGAGGAGGAGCUGCAGGAGAUGGUGGUGGUGGUGCACCUGGCCGAUGCAAACCCCGCAUGGAACACGCACGUGGCUGCCAACAUCGCCCGCAAGUUUGCUCACCACAUCCUCCUGGGCCGGCUCCUGCUUAUCCACGCUCCCCAUGAGUUUUAUCCCACCCUGGAGGGCCUCAAAAGAAACUACAACGACCCGGAGGAGCGGGUGAGGUUCAGGUCCAAGCAGAACGUGGACUAUGCCUUCCUCCUCGCCUUCGCCGCCAACCUCUCCUCCUACUACUUGAUGAUUGAGGACGAUGUGUGGUGUGCCAAGUCCUUCUUGACAGCCAUCCGCAAGGCACUGGCUUCCCGGGAAGGUUCCAACUGGGCCACCCUUGAGUUCUCCAAGCUGGGCUACAUCGGUAAGCUCUACCGCUCCAGUGACCUUCCUCGCCUGGCUCGCUUCCUCCUCCUCUUCUACCAGGAGAUGCCCUGCGACUGGCUGCUGGUCCACUUCCGCCUCCUGCUCACCCAGAAGGAUGUCAUCCGCUUCAAGCCCUCCCUCUUCCAGCACAUGGGCCUCUACUCCUCCUUCCAGGGCACCAUCAACCGGCUGGAGGACGAUGAGUUCCAGGCCGAUGCCCUGGACCUUCCCGACAACCCGCCAGCAGCCUUGUUCACCAGCAUGUCCGUCUUCGAGAACUACGAGCCCCUCAAGGCUUACAGCACAGCAGAGGGGUAUUUCUGGGGGAAGGACCCAGCAGCCGGCAGCAUCUUCUCCAUCGUCUUCCAGCAGCCGGCCCAGGUCACCCGUGUCCGGGUGCGCACAGGCUCCAAGGAGCGCCAGGGUGAUUUCCUGCACGCGGGGGUGCUGGAGCUGGGCCGGCAGCAGCAGGUUGACGGCCGGGACUGCACUGCCUACACCACCGUGGGCACCUUUCAGAAGGGGAACUUUGAGCAGCAGGGGCUGGAGAGGGGCAUGCCCGGCCCCGUGGAGUGCGUGAGGAUCCGGGUAACCCAGGACCAGAGCGAGUGGCUCAUCAUCCAGAGCAUCGACAUCUGGACCACGGCAGGCACCUGACCGGGGAUGUGGCAGGUUGCCAAAGCAGCUGGAUUUGGAUUGGGGACCCAGGGGUCCGGUCGCUGGGAGCAGGACCCCCACCACAGGAGAUCUCGGUGCUGAUCAGAGGGGCACCGGCCACCAG